CUAUUCACAGCAUUAGACAUCCCGGUUGUGUGACUGACCACAGUCCAGUGUGAAGGAAGCUGACGAUAACAGAGGAAGUGCUUCAUUGUGACCGUAGGCUCACAGCUAAAUCUCAAACAUAAUGUCUGGAAACGUCGAUGAGGAGGAGGCCAAUGUCACCCACACAGGCCCAAAGGGAGUGAUCAAUGACUGGAGGAGGUUUAAGCUUGAGAGCAUGGACCAGGAGUCCCUGCCCCCCCAGAAGAGAGAGCUGCUCAGGCAGAUGUCCUCCCCACACAGGCCCAAAGACGACGGCAGGGGAGGCCUCAACCGCAAGAUGAGCGUACAGGAGUACGAGCUGAUUAAGGAGGAUGACGAGAAGUGCAUGAAAAAGUACCGCAAGCAGUGCAUGCAGGAGAUGCACGAGCGCCUCAGCUUCGGGCCCAAGUUCGAGGGUGUGUACGAGCUGGACAGCGGCGAGGCAUUCCUGGAGGUAAUUGAGAAGGAGCACCGGCUCACCGUGGUGGUUGUGCACAUCUACAAGGAAGGGAUCAAAGGUUGCGAGGCGCUCAACUCCUGCCUGGACUGCCUGGCCACCGAGUACACCAGCGUCAAGUUUUGCAGGAUUGACGCGGCGGCGACUGGUGCGGGGGAGCGCUUCACUGACAGCGUCCUGCCCACCAUGCUGGUGUACAAGGCCGGCGAGCUGCUGGGGAACUUCCUGGCCACCAACCAGCACUUCAACGAGGAGUUCUUCGCCACCGACGUGGAGGCUUUCCUCAACGGCUACGGCCUGCUGCCGGAGAAAGAUGUAGUGGUUGGUGGAGAGGAAGAGGAGGCAGCCGUGGAUGUGGAGGCAGUGGAGUGAUGGAGGAAUGGAAAUGGAGGUGGGAUGAAAGGGUUGCGGAAGGGAGGUGUGUGGAGGAGGAGAUGGAGGACAGGGGUUUAUGGUGGAGUGGAGUGAUGAAGGGAUGGUGGGGUUGAAGGAGGGAAGUAUGUGGAGGAGGAUUGAUGCUUAUUUUGUGUAACAGAGAGUAGCAGACGCACACAUACUGGGCUGACUGCACUAGAGCGGCCUGAGCGUACUGUAGAGGGAGUCCAUUCCCUAAAUGAGGGAUAAUAUAAUGUCCAUCCAGGGAAGAAACCUCAGCAGCCUGAAUACAGGUGGCAUGUGUACCAGAUGUGGAUUAGGGUUUGAAUUCCUACUAGAAAAUGACAAGUUACCCUGCAGUUCCAGUUAACUUAUUGUUGGGCCAAAGUUGGUCUAUUAAUAGGCUACUUGUAUGUAAAGGGGGAAAACGAGACAUAUAAUAAUAUAUCAUUUAGCAGACACUUUAAUCCAAAGCGAUUUACAGUCAUGCGUGCAUACAUUUUUACGUAUGGGUGGUCCCGGGGAUCUUGUAACGCCAUGCUCUACCAAUUGAGCUACAGAGGACCACAUCACAUAUUGGGCUGAUUCUGAUUAGGAUUACUCUGGGUCCAGGACACCAGCCUAUGGUGUUUCUGGGUAAAAGUUACUAUAUUAUAUAUGUCAUAUUUUCAAGUUUUUAGAAUAAUAUUUUUUCAAGGUUUAAUAACAGAUUUAUUUUAGGGAUUUACAAAUGCUGUAAGAUUAUUUUCAGUUAUGCCUGACAUACUGUAUAUACUAUUUAAUCAAACGAAACAAAAAAAACAUUAAAAAAAACUUUACAAACCAAAUGUGUCAUUGAAUUGCUAAUUAAUG